AUGCCUCUCGUCGCCCAAGGUUACGCCGACCUAUUCAACUUUGUUGACUACAGCAAGCAGAGCCUCGCCCUCUCUGCUGCUGCCAUUGCCUUCAACCCUACCUUCUGGAACAUCGUUGCCCGUAGAGAAUACCGCACCAAGUUCCUCACCCGCGCUUUCGGCGGCAAUGCCCAAGUAGCCUGCUACUUCCUGGCCGCCACCAUCUUCGGCCUCGGCCUCGUCCGCGACUUUCUCUACGAGCGCGCCCUCCGUGACCAGCCCUCGCACCCGCUCCUCGAGGGUACCAACGUCAACUAUGCCGCCUAUGCCCUUCUCGGUCUCGGCAACCUCUUCGUCAUCACCUCUACACUGCGCCUGGGUAUCACCGGCACCUUCCUCGGUGACUACUUUGGCAUUCUGAUGGAUAGCAUCGUUACCGGCUUCCCCUUCAAUGUCACCAGCGCUCCCAUGUACUAUGGCUCCACUAUGAGCUUCCUCGGCACCGCUCUGCUCUACGGCAAGCCCGCCGGUCUUCUUCUGACUGCUUGGGUUCUCUUCGUCUACAUUGUCGCUAUCCAGUUCGAGAACCCCUUCACUGCCGCCAUCUACGCCAAGCGCGACAAGGAGAGGGCCAAGGCUGCCGGUACCGGCAAGAAGGAGCUCUAA